GUCAACCUUCUCAUAAUUGACAAGUUAUUACACUCUCUCCACUUACUAGUUACUAUAAAACCAAAGGAGACCAAAUCUCUUAGCAAUUAUGAAUUUGGUCUUCGCUAUAAUCUCACGUUACAUUAAAUUGGCUCCUGUGAACCUAAAUUUAUGGACUAUGAUCCCAACACCAAUCCGUUCGACCUUCAUUUCUCCGGUAAACUUCCGAAAAGAGAAGUCUCGGCUUCAGCUUCUAAAGUUGUAGAGAAGAAAUGGUUAGUGAAAGAUGAGGUUAGUUCUUUCAUCGAACACUUUGGUGUGCAAUACUUUGACCUCAAAAUUUUUGACUAUGAGUGAAUGGAUUAGGUUGAUCAAGUUCUCAUAUCUGAUUUAGACAUUGAAUAGUUUGUUUAGAUCGGUGAUGCUCAAAAGUUGAACAAAUCAAAGCUUUGUCUUACAGCUUAGUUUGGUAAUGGUGAUUUUCAUUUUACACAGAAGAGAAAUAUGCUACAAGAUGAAAUAAACCGGGUUAAUUCGGAGAACAAGAAGCUAACCGAAAUGUUAGCAAGAGUCUGUGAGAAGUACUAUGCUCUUAAUAAUCUUAUGGAGGAGUUGCAGAGUCGAAAGAGUCCUGAAAGUGUUAACUUUCAGAACAAACAGCUAACGGGGAAACGAAAACAAGAACUUGAUGAGUUUGUUAGCUCCCCAAUUGGACUCAGUCUCGGACCAAUCGAGAACAUCACCAACGAUAAAGCGACGGUUUCAACCGCUUACUUUGCUGCUGAGAAGUCUGACACAAGCUUGACUGUGAAAGAUGGAUAUCAAUGGAGGAAAUACGGGCAAAAGAUUACGAGAGAUAAUCCAUCUCCUAGAGCUUACUUCAGAUGCUCGUUUUCACCGUCUUGUCUAGUCAAGAAGAAGGUGCAACGAAGUGCAGAAGAUCCAUCUUUCUUGGUAGCCACUUACGAAGGGACACAUAACCACACCGGACCACAUGCAAGUGUGUCCAGGACAGUGAAACUUGAUCUAGUUCAAGGUGGGCUUGAACCAGUUGAGGAAAAGAAAGAGAGAGGGACGAUUCAAGAGGUUUUGGUGCAACAAAUGGCUUCUUCGUUGACCAAAGAUCCUAAGUUCACUGCAGCUCUUGCGACUGCUAUUUCCGGGAGAUUGAUAGAGCAUUCAAGAACAUGAAAGUUCUCUAGAACAUGUAUAUUUCUGUUUUGUUCUAUUUUGUUGCUCAUUCCUAGUAAAAAGGUAAAGAUUUGUUUGAUCUUGAUUAGGAGGCAUAGAUGUCAAUUUUAAUGUGUGUGUAUAUAAUUACAUCAAAUCUAAGUAUCCAAAAAGGGUCACCCCCAUUUUAUCUUAUGUUGAAAGAGUUUUGUUAUAGCUCGGUGUAAGUAUGGUAGAUUGACGCUGCUUCGACAGUUUAUGUAUCUUCCAAUGUUAUCUUGUUCAGUUGUUUGUAUUAACUUCCAUUAGAGAAGAAUGUGAUGCCAUUACAGACAUAAA